AUGAUCACUCCUUGCAGAGUGGCGGCGAGCAGGCAUCUACAGCAUGCCCCAGCCCUAGUCUCUUUGGCCUCUUCGCGAAGCAGAACACUGGCAUCCAGACGACUAUCAACACAGAGAGCAUUUUUCUCGCAGGACCAUCCUUUCUUGACACCAACACAUUCCAACCAGCAACUGUUGCUCGCUCAGAGUGCUCUCAGACCUUCGACCUCUCCACUCCUUUUACGAUCACACAUCUCACUUGCCCGGCUGCUGCACACAUCAUCACCACAAUUUGAACAAACACGGCCUACGGACGAAGUUAGAGAUUCUCCACGGGUAGAGAGCUCAACUGGUACAGGGACGGAUCCGAGCAGAAACGAAGAAUCCAAGACAGAUGAUGCGAAGGAUGAGAAGUCUGGGGAGGAGUCUUCAGAUGCAAAGAACGAGUCGAAGAAGGACGAACCGCCUCCGCCACCUCAUGGUGACAAGUCUCCUUGGCAAGUCUUCACCGAAACAUUACGAUCCGAGUUCAAGGCUUCGAAGGAAUGGAAUGAAUCUACGAAGCAAUUGGCGUCUUCCGCCCAUCAGUUCACCGAAUCAGAAUCUGUCAAGCGAGCGCGUGCUGCGUACGAUGCCACGGCUGGUGCCGCAACAUCAAAGACCGCUGAAGCGCUCAAGACAACCGGCAAGGCUUUAGGGCAGGGCGCGGCGUGGACUUGGGACACGAAGAUGGUGCAAGGAAUCCGUGGAGGUGUGAAUGCCACGGGUCGAGGGAUAGAAAAAGUUACACGCCCCGUGAGAGAGACCAAGACCUUCCAGAGCAUCAAGGAGGCAGUAGAUGAUGGCAGUAGUUCGACGUAUGGCGGCUGGGUUGAAAAGGAGGAGAGACGGAAGAAGAAAGAGCUGAGAGAUAUGAAAGAGGUACAAUCCGGCAGAGGACCUCCGGAAAAGUGGGAAGAAGAUCCCGAUGCCGGUACAAACGUGACCCUCCACAAAGAUUCAGCCUGGAAAGAAUCCUGGAACUCCUUCCGUGACUCCUCCAAAAUCAUGCAAUCAGUCUUCGCUCUGAGAUCUACAUACAACGAAUCGGAGAACCCGCUCAUAUCCACUGCACGCUCCAUUUCCGACCGAGUAGCAGGAUUCUUCGCCGAAAACGAAACCGCAAUGGUGAUCAAGAAAUUCCGAGAAAUGGACCCUUCCUUCCAAAUUGAGCCUUUCCUGCGCGACAUGAGAGAAUAUAUCCUCCCCGAAGUGUUAGACGCCUACGUCAAAGGCGACGUUGAAACUCUCAAGCUUUGGCUCUCGGCAGCACAAUUCCAGGUCUACUCAGCACUGAUGCAGCAGUACACAACCGCUGGACUCAAAUCCGAUGGACGCAUUCUGGAUAUUAGGAACGUGGAUAUCUUGAAUGCGCGAAUGCUCGAGCCCGGGGAUAUACCCGUAUUCAUCAUCACUUGUCGAACUCAAGAAGUUCAUGUGUAUCGGAACGCGAAGAGUGGUGAGUUAGCGGCAGGAAUGGAAGAUCGAGUCCAACUGGUCACGUAUGCGAUAGGCGUAACAAGGACGCCGGAGGACGUCAACAAUCCCGAGACGAGGGGAUGGAGGAUGAUUGAACUGCAGAAGGCUGGGCGCGACUAUAUAUGA